AAAAACAGCAUCAAAAUGUUUAUCUACGCCUAAGAAUGAAUUUCCGUGUAGUUUUAUGAUGUUAAAGCUGGAGGAUUUGAGAUCCUGUAUCUUGUAAAAGUUUGAUCAAGAGUCAGUGGAGGAGAUCAAACUCAUCAGAUUCUCCUGCAUCUUCAUCAUGGCUGAUUCACAAGCAUCCAGAGAUGGAGAUUUCUCUCCAGGACGCAGUUCAGUCCAGCAGAAGAGCUCAAACCCAGAGUCCAGCUGUGUGUCUGUGAAGAGUGACUGCUCUAUGGAUCAUCCAAUGAGGUUUAAGAGUGGAGACACACGGCCUGAUCUCAGUUUGAAAACCAGUUCAGUCCAGCAGAAGAGCUCAAACCCAGAGUCCAGCUGUGUGUCUGUGAAGAGUGACUGCUCUAUGGAGAAGCCAAUGAAGUUUAAGAGUGGAGACACACAGUCUGAUCUCAGGUCAAAUCUUCCAUCCAGACCAGUUAAAAACAAAACUGUGUUCAAGCCUGUGAUUCAACCACAAGACUUUAAUGAAAGCAUGUGUCCUGGUUUCAGCCAUGACUCUAAACCUGCUGAAGUCCUCAACACAUUGAGAUCAAAUCUGAGACAGAAGUUUGAGUGUGUGUGUGAGGGAAUAUCAAAGCAGGGAAACCCAACACUCCUGAAUGAGAUCUACACAGAGCUCUACAUCACAGAGAGUGGAAGUGGAGAGAUCAAUAAUGAGCAUGAGGUGAGACAGAUUGAGACACAGUCCAGGAGAGCAGAAACAGAGGACACACCGAUCAAAUGCAGUGACAUCUUUAGACCUUUACCUGGACAAGACAAACCCAUCAGAACUGUGCUGACAAAGGGAGUCGCUGGCAUUGGGAAAACAGUCUCUGUGCAGAAGCUCAUCCUGGACUGGGCUGAAGGGAAAGAGAAUCAGGACGUCCAGCUCAUAUUCCCACUCGCUUUCAGAGAGCUCAACUUGAUGAAGGACAAAACACUCAGUCUCUCAGAUCUUCUUCAUCGCUUCUUCCCUGAAAGCAGAGAAAUGGCCAUAUCCAGUGAUAAAUAUAAAGUGCUGUUCAUCUUUGAUGGUCUGGAUGAGUGUCGUCUGUGUCUGGAUUUUCAGAGCGAUGUGAGGUUGUGUGAUGUGACUGAAUCCGCCUCAGUGGACGAGCUGCUGACGAACCUCAUUGUGGGGAAUCUGCUUCCCUCGUCUCUCAUCUGGAUCACCUCCAGACCAGCAGCAGCGGAUCUCGUCCCCUCUGAGUGUGUCCAUCGAGUGACAGAGGUACGAGGCUUCAGUGACACACAGAAGCAGGAAUACUUCAGGAAGAGAAUCAGUGAUCAGAGUCUGGCCGACAGGAUCAUCUCACACCUGAAGUCCUCAAGGAGCCUCUUUAUUAUGUGCCACAUCCCAGUGUUCUGCUGGAUCUCAGCCACUGUUCUAGAGGAGAUGUGCAGUGGAGCAGAGAGAGGAGAGAUUCCCAAGACUCUCACUCAGAUGUACACACACUUCCUGCUCAUUCAGACCAACAUCAGACAUGAGAAGGACUAUGAGAAGAAAGUGAAAGAUGAAGACAUGAUUGUCAAACUGGGGGAACUGGCGUAUCGGCAGCUUGUGAAAGGCAACCUGAUCUUCUAUGAGGAAGACCUGAGCGAGUGUGGCAUUGAUGUGGCAGAAGCAUCAGUUUACUCAGGAUUGUGCACUCAGAUCUUCAGAGAGGAGUUGGGCUUGUGUCAGGGGAAAGUCUUCUGCUUUGUUCAUCUGAGUAUUCAGGAACAUCUAGCAGCUCUAUAUAUGCAUCUCUCCUUUAUCAACAAUAACAUCAAUGUGUUUGACCAGAUUACCAAACCAACUAAUGGAGGCAAAGUGUCCCUAUCUGAUCUCCAUCAGAGAGCUGUGGAUGAGGCUUUACACAGUAGAAAUGGGCAUCUGGACCUUUUCCUUCGUUUCCUUCUGGGUCUGUCAGUGAAGUCUAAUCAGAGUCUCUUACAAGAACUAAAGACACAGACAGCAAACAGCUCUCACAACAAUGAGGAAACAGUUGACUAUAUUAAAGAGAAGAUCAGUGAGAAUCCCUCUCCAGAUAAAUACAUCAAUCUGUUUCACUGUCUGAAUGAACUGGGUGAUCUUUCUCUAGUGAACGAAGCUGAACCUCAUACGUAUGGAGGAUUACGUGCUGUGAAACUCUCCUCGUCUCAGUGGUCAGCUUUAGUGUUUGUGUUGUUGUCCUCAGAGGAGACACUGCAGAGGUUUGACCUGUGGAGCUUAAUUGGAUACAGAAAGGAUGGUGACACACAAAACACUGCAGAUGAAGUUAUUCAGAAGCUGAUGCCUGUGGUUACAGCAACUAGAUCAGCUGUGUUGUAUGAUUGUGGUGUCACAGAUGAAAGUUGUGUUGCUCUGGCUUCAGCUCUGAGAUCAAACCCCUCACACCUGAGAACACUGGAUCUGUCUAUGAAUAAUCUAGGAGACUCAGGAGUGAAGCUGCUUUCUGCUGUACUGGAGAAUCCUCACUGUAAACUGGAGAAAUUGUGGUUGUAUGAUUGUGGAGUCACAGAUGAAGGUUGUGUUGCUCUGGCUUCAGCUCUGAGAUCAAACCCCUCACACCUGAGAUAUCUGGGUCUGUAUGGGAAUAAACUAAGAGACUCAGGAAUAAAGCAGCUUUCUGAUCUACUGGAGAAUCCUCUCUGUAAACUGGAGAAACUGUGGUUGAGUGAGUGUGGAGUCACAGAUGAAGGUUGUGUUGCUCUGGCUUCAGCUCUGAGAUCAAACCCCUCACACCUGAGAGAUAUGGAUCUGUCUGGGAAUAAACUAGGAGACUCAGGAGUGAAGCAGCUUUCUGAUCUACUUGAGAAUCCUCUCUGUAAACUGGAGACACUGUGGUUGAGGGAGUGUGGAGUCACAGAUGAAGGUUGUGUUGCUCUGGCUUCAGCUCUGAGAUCAAACCCCUCACACCUGAGAGAUCUGGAUCUGUAUAAGAAUAAACUAGGAGACUCAGGAGUGAAGCUGCUGCAGGAUCUGAGGGAUGAUCCACAUUAUAAACUGGAGACACUACGUGUCCCCCAAAACACAGGAGAUGAAGUUAUUCAGAAGCUGAUGCCUGUGGUUACAGCAACUAGAUCAGCUGAUGUCCCCCAAAACACAGGAGAUGAAGUUCUCCAGAAGCUGAUGCCUGUGGUUACAGCAACUAGAUCAGCUGUGUUGAGGGAUUGUGGAGUCACAGAUGAAGGUUGUGUUGCUCUGGCUUCAGCUCUGAGAUCAAACCCCUCACACCUGAGAGAACUGGAUCUGUCUGGGAAUAAACUAGGAGACUCAAGAAUAAAGCAUCUUUCUGAUCUACUGGAGAAUCCUCUCUGUAAACUGGAGACACUGAGGUUGAGUAAGUGUGGAGUCACAGAUGAAGGUUGUGUUGCUCUGGCUUCAGCUCUGAGAUCAAACCCCUCACACCUGAGACAUCUGAAUCUGUCUGGGAAUAAACUAGGAGACUCAGGAAUAAAGCAGCUUUCUGAUCUACUGGAGAAUCCUCUCUGUAAACUGGAGACACUGUGUUUGAGGGAUUGUGGAGUCACAGAUGAAGGUUGUGUUGCUCUGGCUUCAGCUCUGAGAUCAAACCCCUCACACCUGAGAGAACUGGAUCUGUCUGGGAAUAAACUAGGAGACUCAGGAAUAAAGCAUCUUUCUGAUCUACUGGAGAAUCCUCUCUGUAAACUGGAGACACUGUGGUUGAGUGAGUGUGGAGUCACAGAUGAAGGUUGUGUUGCUCUGGCUUCAGCUCUGAGAUCAAACCCCUCACACCUGAGACAUCUGAGUCUGUCUGAAAAUAAACUAGGAGACUCAGGAAUAAAGCAGCUUUCUGAUCUACUGGCGAAUCCUCUCUGUAAACUGGACACACUGUGGUUGUGGGAUUGUGGAGUCACAGAUGAAGGUUGUGUUGCUCUGGCUUCAGCUCUGAGAUCAAACCCCUCACACCUGAGAGAUCUGGAUCUGUCUGUGAAUAAACUAGGAGACUCAGGAAUAAAGCAUCUUUCUGAUCUACUGGAGAAUCCUCUCUGUAAACUGGAGAGACUGGGGUUGAGGGAUUGUGGAGUCACAGAUGAAGGUUGUGUUGCUCUGGCUUCAGCUCUGAGAUCAAACCCCUCACACCUGAGAGAUCUGAGUCUGUCUGAGAAUAAACUAGGAGACUCAGGAAUAAAGCAUCUUUCUGAUCUACUGGAGAAUCCUCUCUGUAAACUGGAGAGACUGUGGUUGUGGGAUUGUGGAGUCACAGAUGAAGGUUGUGUUGCUCUGGCUUCAGCUCUGAGAUCAAACCCCUCACACCUGAGAGAACUGCAUCUGUCUGUGAAUAAACUAGGAGACUCAGGAAUAAAGCAUCUUUCUGCUCUACUGGCGAAUCCUCUCUGUAAACUGGAGACACUGAGGUUGAGUGGUUGUGGAGUCACAGAUGAAGGUUGUGUUGCUCUGGCUUCAGCUCUGAGAUCAAACCCCUCACACCUGAGACAUCUGGAUCUGUCUGUGAAUAAACUAGGAGACUCAGGAAUAAAGCAUCUUUCUGCUCUACUGGCGAAUCCUCUCUGUAAACUGGAGACACUGAGGUUGAGUAAGUGUGGAGUCACAGAUGAAGGUUGUGUUGCUCUGGCUUCAGCUCUGAGAUCAAACCCCUCACACCUGAGAGAUCUGCAUCUGUCUGGGAAUAAACUAGGAGACUCAGGAAUAAAGCAUCUUUCUGAUCUACUGGUGAAUCCUCUCUGUAAACUGGAGACACUGUGGUUGUGGUAUUGUGGAGUCACAGAUGAAGGUUGUGUUGCUCUGGCUUCAGCUCUGAGAUCAAACCCCUCACACCUGAGAGAACUGAAUCUGUCAUAUAAUAAACUAGGAGACUCAGGAAUAAAGCAUCUUUCUGAUCUACUGGAGAAUCCUCUCUGUAAACUGGAGACACUGUGGUUGAGUAAGUGUGGAGUCACAGAUGAAGGUUGUGUUGCUCUGGCUUCAGCUCUGAGAUCAAACCCCUCACACCUGAGAAUACUGGAGCUGUCUGGGAAUAAACUAGGAGACUCAGGAAUAAAGCAUCUUUCUGAUCUACUGGAGAAUCCUCUCUGUAAACUGGAGGACCUGAGGUUGAGUGGUUGUGGAGUCACAGAUGAAGGUUGUGUUCCUCUGGCUUCAGCUCUGAGAUCAAACCCCUCACACCUGAGAGAUCUGGAUCUGUCUGUGAAUAAACUAGGAGACUCAGGAAUAAAGCAUCUUUCUGCUCUACUGGAGAAUCCUCUCUGUAAACUGGAGACACUGGGGUUGUGGAGGUGUGGAGUCACAGAUGAAGGUUGUGUUGCUCUGGCUUCAGCUCUGAGAUCAAACCCCUCACACCUGAGACAUCUGGAUCUGUCUGGGAGUAAUCUAGGAGACUCAGGAAUAAAGCAUCUUUCUGAUCUACUGGCGAAUCCUCUCUGUAAACUGGAGAGACUGAGGUUGAGUAUGUGUGGAGUCACAGAUGAAGGUUGUGUUGCUCUGGCUUCAGCUCUGAGAUCAAACCCCUCACACCUGAGAGAUCUGGAUCUGUCAUAUAAUAAUCUAGGAGACUCAGGAAUAAAGCAUCUUUCUGAUCUACUGGAGAAUCCUCUCUGUAAACUGGAGAAACUGGGGUUGUGGGAUUGUGGAGUCACAGAUGAAGGUUGUGUUGCUCUGGCUUCAGCUCUGAGAUCAAACCCCUCACACCUGAGAGAACUGAAUCUGUCUGUGAAUAAACUAGGAGAUUCAGGAAUAAAGCAUCUUUCUGCUCUACUGGCGAAUCCUCUCUGUAAACUGGAGAGACUGUGGUUGAGUGUGUGUGGAGUCACAGAUGAAGGUUGUGUUGCUCUGGCUUCAGCUCUGAUAUCAAACCCCUCACACCUGAGAGAACUGGAUCUGUCUGAGAAUAAACUAGGAGACUCAGGAAUAAAGCAGCUUUCUGAUCUACUGGAGAAUCCUCUCUGUAAACUGGAGACACUGGGGUUGAGGGAUUGUGAAGUCACAGAUGAAGGUUGUGUUGCUCUGGCUUCAGCUCUGAGAUCAAACCCCUCACACCUGAGAGAUCUGAAUCUGUCUAAGAAUAAACUAGGAGAUUUAGGAAUAAAGCAUCUUUCUGAUCUACUGGAGAAUCCUCUCUGUAAACUGGAGACACUGGGGUUGAGGGAUUGUGGAGUCACAGAUGAAGGUUGUGUUGCUCUGGCUUCAGCUCUGAGAUCAAACCCCUCAUACCUGAGAGAACUGGAUCUGUCUGGGAAUAAACUAGGAGACUCAGGAGUGAAGCAGCUUUCUGAUCCACUAGCGAAUCCUCUCUGUAAACUGGAGACACUGGGGUUGUGUGUGUGUGGAGUCACAGAUGAAGGUUGUGUUGCUCUGGCUUCAGCUCUGAGAUCAAACCCCUCACACCUGAGAGAACUGAGUCUGUCUGGGAAUAAACUAGGAGACUCAGGAAUAAAGCAUCUUUCUGAUCUACUGGAGAAUCCUCUCUGUAAACUGGAGACACUGAGGUUGAGUGUGUGUGCAGUCACAGAUGAAGGUUGUGUUGCUCUGGCUUCAGCUCUGAGAUCAAACCCCUCACACCUGAGACAUCUGCGCCUGUCAUAUAAUAAACUAGGAGACUCAGGAGUGAAGCUGCUGGAGGAUCUGAGGGAUGAUCCACAUUAUAAACUGGAGACACUACUUGUCCCACAAAACACUGGAGAUGAAGUUCUUCAGAAGCUGAUGCCUGUGGUUACAGCAACUAGAUCAGCUUGGUUGAGGGAUUGUGGAGUCACAGAUGAAGGUUGUGUUGCUCUGGCUUCAGCUCUGAGAUCAAACCCCUCACACCUGAGACAACUGGAUCUGUCAUAUAAUAAACUAGGAGACUCAGGAAUAAAGAAGCUUUCUGAUCUGCUGGCGUAUCCUCACUGUAAACUGGAGGAAGUAUGGUUGUGGGAUUGUGGUGUCACAGAUGAAGGUUGUGUUGCUCUGGCUUCAGCUCUGAGAUCAAACCCCUCACACCUGAGAACACUGCAUCUGCCUGGGAAUAAACUAGGAGACUCAGGAAUAAAGCAGCUUUCUGAUCUACUGGCGAAUCCUCACUGUAAACUGGAGACACUGUGGUUGAGUGAUUGUGGUGUGACAGAUGAAGGUUGUGUUGCUCUGGCUUCAGCUCUGAGAUCAAACCCCUCAAACCUGAGAGAACUGAAUCUGUAUGGGAAUAAACUAGGAGACUCAGGAAUCAAGCAGCUUUCUGAUCUACUGGCGAACCCUCACUGUAAACUGGAGAGACUGGGGUUGAGUGAUUGUGGUGUCACAGAUGAAGGUUGUGGUGCUCUGGCUUCAGCUCUGAGAUCAAAGCCCUCACACCUGAGAGAACUGGAUCUGUCUGGGAAUAAACUCGGAAACUCAGGAGUCAAGCAGCUUUCUGAUCUACUGGCAAAUCCUCACAGUAAACUGGAGGAACUGAGGUUGUGUGAUUGUGGUGUCACAGAUGAAGGUUGUGUUGCUCUGGCUUCAGCUCUGAGAUCAAACACCUCACACCUGAGAUAUCUGGAUCUGUCAAAUAAUACACUAGGAGACUCAGGAAUCAAGCAGCUUUCUGAUCUACUGGCGAAUCCUCACUGUAAACUGGAGAUACUGUGGUUAAGGGAUUGUGGCGUCACAGAUGAAGGUUGUGUUGCUCUGGCUUCAGCUCUGGGAUCAAACCUCUCACACCUGAGAGAACUGAUUCUGUCUGGGAAUAAACUAGGAGACUCAGGAGUGAAGCUGCUGAAGGAUCUGGAGGAUGAUCCACAUUAUAAACUGGAGACACUAGAGUAUAGAUGACAGUCUGAUCUUCUGCUGAUCCUCUGAUGGUGAAUAAAGAUCCCCUACAGAGACUCACAGUCAACAGAAUCAACAGAGACUGAAGAUACAGUGACUUCACUGUUAUAAAUUAAGACUUCAUUUAGAUUUCAACAAUCCUCUGACAGACCUGAUGAGGCGGCAGUGAAACACCUUUUAUUUCACAGCAAAUUACAGUUUCUCAUUCAUAGAUUAACUAUUUUUU